GUGGGCUGCACGCUGCAGGCUGCAGGCAACCAGCUGCAAACAGUGAAACAACGAAGUGCUGCAGUGAACGGAGCCGAGGAGCGUCAGAGGAGCCGCUCGAUAUGCUGCACAGAGAAGGACCUGCUUGAUGGAUCCACUCCUGUUUAGCAUUUUGAUGUGAAAGACGGUAUCCUGUUGUCUGGAAGGGGAAUCCAUGAAAUCAUUUUGGAAGAUAAUACGCAUGUGUCAGGCUCGGCUUUGGAUGUGUCUUUGAAUUGUCAGUGAUAGGUAAGAAGACACAAAACCAAAUGCAGUGGACAUAAGAGGCAAUCAGAAAGCCAGUGGAAGCCUCCAACAGACAGCUGAUGGUGGAGCUAUUAUCUCAGGGACAUGCUUUCAGACUGAGGAUGGAACAAGGGGAAUCUGUCCUUGACCAGUGGAUUACCGGGCUGAGGAGCAAUACCCAAACACUGCACAAGCUGUGCAGUUGUGGAAUUGUCUGCUAUUAACUCUGACUGACACUAAAAAUGGACUCAGUUGCUUAUAAUGUUAAGCUUUAAAAACAUUACCUACUUGUGUAGUGGUUGUCUAUGUGAUGAUAGUCAUCCGUCUGAGCCAGUGUGGAGAGAUGUCUAACAAAAAGAUGCACUCACUUGUCGGAAGAGGAUGUACGAAAGACUCGUUUCCAAAAACUAAAAUGAUGUCCUGCAGACAACCAGUUCCUGUCUGUUUUCAUUCCCUCCCUUUUUUCUUGCUCCUGUUCUACCUGGUUACUCCUGCUCUGUCCAUUCAUAUGGAGUACAUAGAGAGCCACAGUGAGUUUAGCUGUGAACCCAUCAGACUGAGAAUGUGCCAGGAUCUGCCUUACAACACCACCUUUAUGCCAAACCUAUUGAAUCACUACGACCAGCAAACUGCGGCACUCGCCAUGGAGCCUUUUCACCCCAUGGUAAACCUGGUGUGCAGUGCCGACCUGAGGAUGUUCCUGUGUGCCCUGUACGCCCCUGUGUGCACAGAGUACGGACAGGUGUCCAUGCCAUGUCGAUCCCUCUGCCAGCGGGCCAAGGAUGAGUGCAACAAACUCAUGGAGAUAUUUGGAUUAUCUUGGCCAGAUGACAUGGACUGUAGCAGGUUCCCAGAUUGUGACGAGCCCUACCCCCGCCCAGAGGACUUGUUAACAAGCUCUGACCCCACUGACCAGUCGUCCAUGACCGUCCAGAGAGACUAUGGGUUCUGGUGCCCCAGAGAGCUCAAAGUCGACCCCGACCUGGGUUACUCAUUCAUGGGCAAGAGGGACUGCUCUGCCCCCUGCCCCUCAAUGUUCUUCAACCGACAGGAGCUGAAUUUCAUCCGCUACUUCAUAGGAGUUGUUUCCAUCGUCUGUUUAUCUGCCACGCUCUUCACCUUCCUGACGUUUCUCAUCGAUGUUACCAGGUUUCGAUACCCGGAACGGCCAAUAAUCUUCUACGCUGUGUGUUACGUCAUGGUGUCGCUGAUUUUCUUUCUUGGCUUCCUGUUGGAAGACAGGGUGGCCUGUAACGCAGUCAGUCCCACCCAGUUCAGAGCCUCGACCAUAACACAGGGAUCACACAACAAGGUGUGCACCUUGUUCUUCAUGGUCCUGUAUUUCUUCACCAUGGCCGGCAGUGUGUGGUGGGUCAUGCUGACCAUCACUUGGUUUUUGGCCGCUGUGCCUAAAUGGGGCAGCGAGGCCAUCGAGAAGAAAGCCCUCCUCUUCCACGCUGUUGCCUGGGGGCUUCCAGGGGCCCUGACCGUCACCCUGUUGGCCCUGAACAAAAUUGAAGGCGAUGGGAUCAGUGGAGUGUGUUUCAUAGGGCUGUAUGACAUCGACGCCCUGAGGUGGUUUGUUCUGGCACCGCUCUGCCUCAACGUGGCGGUGGGUGUUUCUCUCCUGUUGGUGGGCAUUGUGGCUCUUAACCGUGUACGCAUGGAGAUCCCUCUAGAGAAGGAGAACCAGACCAAACUUGUCAAGUUUAUGAUCCGAAUGGGGGUGUUCUCGGUGCUCUACCUGGUCCCCUUGUUGACUGUGAUCGGGUGCUACCUGUACGAGCACACCUACAGGAGCAUCUGGGAGACAACGUGGAUGGAGGAGAACUGCAGGCGUUAUCACAUCCCCUGUCCAUUUAAGGUGGAGCAGACUAACCGGCCGAACAUGGUUUUGUUCUUGAUUAAAUAUGUGAUGAUGUUGGUGGUUGGGAUCCCCUCUGUGUUCUGGGUUGGCAGCAAGAAGACCUGCUUUGAAUGGGCUAGCUUCCUGCAUGGACGCAGACGCAAAGACAGUGGGGUGAAUGAGUCUCGUCAGGUGCUGCAGGAGCAGCCAGACAUCGCUCAGUCUCUGCUGCGUGAGCCAGACACUCCAAUAAUAAGGAAGUCUCGUGGAACAUCCACUCAGGGCACAUCUACCCACGCCUCUUCAACCCACUUAGCUGUCCUGGACGAUCUGGAUGAACCCAUCAGAACUCACCAUGGCCACACUGCCUCCACCAAGAGUAAGGCCGGCAGCGUCCACAGCAAAGCCAGCUACCACGGUAGCCUACGCCGCACUCGUGACAACAGGAGUGAUACUUUGGUUCACAGAGGUACACAGGAGCGCAGUUACCAUGGCAGCAUGCCACGUCUGGACCACCCACUCUCCACCCACAGCAGCCUUCAUCAGUUAGACAGCCACUCGAGGCACGGCAGCCAGCGAGACGUUACUGAGCCUGCACAGACCCUCAUCACCCACGGAACAACUGCAAGUGAGAGCCCAGUGGGAGAGCAAGAAGGCACCAGCGCCUGAGAGGACUCUCAGUCUCUACAGUAAACUGUUGUUAGGAUGCUGUUACAGCCUUUUAAAGAUUUCCCCUCAGCAGACACACACACAUCUGUUUAGUUGUGAAUGUUUCCCUCUACCUAGAUGGAGAAUGCCAGUGAUUACUGCAGAGGGGAUUUUUGGCAUUAGUUCCUUGGUGAUCAUUUGUUAGCACCGUGGCUAAAGGCUAACACAGCUCAGCCAGUGUUCUUGACUGGAAUUUGACAAAUGCAGUUCAGUUUGUUUACCUAAUUCUUUGACCCCACACAGUUCUUAACUCCUGAGUUUUUGACUCAAACCGGCUGAUGAAAGGCAUUUUCAGGGAUCAUCUGCGUUGUACCCGGGUCAACCAGAGCUAGCAAUGGAUAGGAGACAAUGAGACGUGGAAAGGAGAAGUCUCCAUGCUGUACAAAGAACACAACUGUUUCCUGCAGGCAUAGCUUGUUUGAUUCAUUCGAUUCUGGAUUUGGAGGUCUCAUGAUGGAACUAUUUCCAGGAUGUGUCACCACCUUGCAGGGCCUAUAUGAAUGAAUAUUAUUAAAUAAGUGAACACUGCCGAGUAUUGCUUUAUAACAAUCUUAAAUGUUCUGCUCUGUUGGUAACGUCAGACAAAAAUGUGGAAAUAUUCUGCCUCUGUUUUGACUGAGAUUUCUGAUGAUCUUUCUUCUGUACUGCAGCUCUUAAUGACUUCUUUUUGUCUUUGUGUGGCUUCAGCGCUCCACAACUAUGAGCGUAAUGUGAAAUCGUGGACCUCUCUGUGGUUUAGUGAAAUAUUUUUAUACUGUGAAAAUUGUCUGCUUACUGCUGAAAGCUUCAUGUUGUGAGUAUUUUUCAUAAAGAGGACAAAUUUUGGGUUUAAAACUUUACUUGUCUUCUCCCGUGGUGAGCUGAUGGAGAACUGAAAGAUGAAACGUGUGUAACCUAGAAUGUAAAAGGGGUUUGUCAGAGAUGGAGAUAUAACAAAGACAGGGUUAGGAUAAAUGAGCUGGAAUAAUGUGUGUGUGUGUGUGUGUGUGUGUGUGUGUUUGCACUUGCAGUGGACACACACUCAUCUUAGCUCAGCCUCCCUGAACUGUUUGAGCACUGACUCGUCUGUAAAGAGGCAUUAGCUUGGACAAGGCAGCUGUGGAAACCCUCAAGAUGACAUUUGUACUCCGCCAAUCAAUCUAUUUCAUAUUUUAAAAAAGCUGAAAAGACCUGAUGUUGUUCUGUACUAUACUGACAGUGAGAACUGACAACUGUAAAUUGAUAACCAGAGUGUUGUUAAUCAGGUACUGCAUUCAGUCCUUAUGGCUGCAUAAGCUGCAAACAUGAAUGCUACUUCUUUGCUAAUAUCUUUUACAUACACAGAAAAGGCGUCUUCAACAACAACAAAAAAUGUAUUUUGUAAUUUUCACCACUGUACUUGAUAUUUACCUAAACUGCUUCUGUACAGACUCUGUGCUCAUGUGUGUUUGUUUGGUUGUUCAGACAGGGACCUCAGAUUUAAACAAACUGGUGCAGAUAGUGACAUGAAACUGUCGAAACAAUAAUGCUUGAUUAUUGUGCACUGCUUCAUUUUCUUCUACAUUUCACGCUUACCUUAAUGUGAGAGAGUGUGCAUUGUAAAUACUUUUUUUAUAGUUUGUGUUGACCCCAGUCCCUGAAGACCCAAAUUAACCUACCUCACCUUACCCUGGGCCUUCUGUAUACAUGCACACACACACACAUGUUCAUGUUAUGAGGUGCUUUCUGCCUAGAUCAGAACAUAUGGUGGUGAUCAUCUGACAAAAUCAAUCAAGUUUGAACUGAAUUUAAUGAACCUAAACACAAAUUCUCAGAUAUCUGAAGCUUGCGUUCUGUCUGUCCCACAUUUGUCUUUAUGUUCUCCAGUCCAUCUUGUCAGUUCACAUGGACCCAGCCACCUUUACACCUUUGUCUCUAUCUGACUUUUAUGGUCCGUGUCAGAAUGUUUAAACUUUCUCUGCGGUACAUAGAUUCUCUAUCCCAUCUGAUGACUAAGCUGCCUCACAUUUGCCUUCUGCCUCUCCUCCUUUGAACGAGCCCACGCUGAUCUUUUUUUGGACCUACAGCAACUGUCUGUACUCUUUUACAUUUGUGACUGCUUACAAACGUUAACUGUUGUGCUUUUACCUCUGAACUGGACACCACAAAGAGAGAGAUCAACUCUGCCACUAAACUUGACACACUGGAAAUCUGUCCUCUUCAGCUCUGAAGUAUCACGGUGACAUUGUCAUACUGUGGUACAGCUUCAGAGUGAAAAGACGAGACAUUGUAGGUGAUGUUUCUAAAGCAUAAUAAUAUGGUGAAUUCUGAAACUUGAGUUGUAUUGUAUGCCUUUUAAUUUAUUUGCCGUUGGGACUGUAAAGAUUUCUUUACAUGCAGUCUAAUAAACUUUUUAUAAACUUCA